AUGGAGGCCCCGCGCAAAGUGUCCUUCGUUUGGCCUUCUUAUCCCUCCUCUUCGUACAUUUCCUCCACAUUCAUCUUCCUUGCUUUAACCCUUCUCAAUGGAAUUGGCCCCUCCAACCCAGCAGUGUCUGCAAAUCCGUUCACUGCUGUACCCUCUAGAGAGUUGGUCCCCCAUGGUGCGGGGAACGUUAGCCAUGCGGCUCCGGAACACGAAGCUCCAGGGGGAGUUUCUGCUGCCGCCUGGAAAUACCAUGAAUUCUCAGUCCAGAUAACAGUAAUGAUUUUCCUCAUUAUUGUUAUCUUCCUCAAAGUAUCAUAUCUUCGUCUGCCAGCUGUAGCUGCUGUGGUACCGGAAUCUCUAUUGUUGAUAGGGCUCGGAACUGUGUUUGGGGCAAUCAUCAACUUCGGCCACGUAACCACUCAAAUUGAGACGUGGAAGUUAACACCAUCCCUUUUCUUUGACUUUCUUCUGCCGCCAAUUGUCCUUGAGUCCGCCUACAACCUCUACAAUCGAACUUUCGGUGAAUUUCUUGGAAUCAUUUUGAUCUAUGCCGUUGUCGGGACUGUGAUACCUUUCCUCAUAAUAGGACCUGUCAUGUACGGCCUGGAACUGGCCGGCGCCAUGGGCCAGCCCAUACUUGAUAUGGACAUAAAAGGUUACCUUUUAUUCAGCUCACUGAUCGUGGCUGUUGAUCCAGUCGCGGUGUUGGCCAUAUUUCAAGACAUUGGAGUUGACUUGGCUCUCUACUACAUGGUGUUUGGGGAAUCUCUCCUCAAUGAUGCUGUGACUGUGGUACUCUACCAAAUAAUGCAAGCUUUCGCUGGAAAGGCUGUAAUCACUGGAGGCGAAAUCGCAGUUGGUUUCGCCUCCUUCUUUACAGUCAGCCUCGGCGGUCUCAUCAUCGGAGUGAUCUUUGGCAUUGCAACCUGCCUGAUUACGCGUUUCACCAGCUCCAUGGAGGUGAUCAUAGUCCUUAUGCUUGGCUACUUCGCCUACACUAUGGCCAAUGUGAUCUCUUGGUCCGGCAUCAUCUCAAUGACAGCGUGCGGACUGGUACAAGCCUCCUAUGCCUUCCACAAUCUACAGCCACACAGUCUCGUAGUCGUUAAGAACGUAACCAAGGUUGUAGCUGAACUCAGCGAGGCUGUAAUCUUCCUCUACAUCGGACUCGAAUUGUUUCGGGAAAACAUGUUCUGGCACACCGGCUUCCAUCUGUGGGGCAUCACGAUCUGCAUUAUUGCCAGGGCGAUCUCUGUCUUCUUGCUCACGGCCAUCAUCAAUUGGGUGCGAGUAGAUGAGUACCGCAUCUCGUUGACCGAACAAAUCAUCAUGAUAUAUGGUGGUCUUCGCGGUGCCGUAGCUUUCUCACUCUCAGUCCUCAUCAAUGAGACCACUCUUGGUGAGGGACAAUUGGGCGUUCGACGCAAGGGGACCAUUGUCACCGCGACACUGUUCAUCAUUCUCUUCACUAUUGUCGGGAUGGGCAUGACAAUGAAACCACUUGUUCGCUUCCUGAAAAUUCGCAUGCGUGUCAGCGAGAAUCUGAGCCUGUUCGGGGAGCUAACCAAGAGUGUGCUCGAUGAGAUGCUGGCAGCAGCCGAGGGAAUCAGUGGCGAAAAGGGCCGCAAUGCUGUGCGUGAGUUCUGCUUGCUCAUCGACGACCGGUAUGUGCGCAAAGUGCUACAGCGUGAUCCAGAGACUCAUGAUCAGAAGAUCGUCAAGGUUUAUGAGAAGAUAGCCCUAAAGCUUCAUUAUGCCACAAUAAGGCCGAGCAAUACGGAGACGGCGCUGGCGGACCUGCCGGAUGGAUUAAAGACACGAUUUCGUGGCCAAAUCAGCUCGUAUCCGAGCGAAUUAAGUAUGGCUUACAUGCAAGGCUCUGAGAGACGGAUGAGUGAAAAGCCCAGGUACAGUGAGAAAGAAGAGAGUCCUGAAUUGACCUUAACGACCGAUAUGCCUUCGGCCUUUAAGUAUCGCAACUCUGUCAUCUUGACGGAGGAAACAUUCGAGAAUCCCGCCCAUCUGAUGCAGGUGUUACGAUCGGCUAAACGAGCCAGCCUCGUGAACCGGGGCAAGAUGCAGGAGGAGUUUCAAUGUACCUUUCUCGAUAUGAUCCGCUCCAAAGGGAUGGCAUUAAGACGGACUUCCGUAGACUACCGCCACAACCGUUCACCAAGCAGUGACUCCAUUUCUCAUGGCCAUCGUCUAACCUUAAUUACAUCUGGUCGAGGUACCUUAGGGCCACCCAUCCUCGAAGAGACAGACGGUCAGAAAAAUUUGGCCUUUGAGCCGGAAGAGGAAGUCGAUCACCUUGAGGAGCCUAGUCCAGCACCAGCAUUGCCAAAUGGUAUAGUAGCGGUGGCAGGCCCUAAGUUGGGAAAACGGAAGGUGCACAAAUCGCAUCGCAUACGGCAUGCAGAUAACGUAAAAACUCAAUAUGUACAGGUCUUACAACCGGAAGUCGAGGAAACCGAUUCCAUAGUUCAGACUGCCACAGGUACGAUAACCCCAGAGAGGGCCUCAAACAAUAUGAAAACUAUUCAAGAAUCAGCCAGUAAGUCAACUCUAUUUGGAGUCCCCUCCACGGGUCAUGAGCUGGCCAUGACGUCAGCCAGCAUCUCGGCUAACCAGCAAGCAAAAUUGUGUCCGGCUUUGCCAGCGACUAGCUCGCAGGAACUUCAAGAGGUGCCAGCCCCUUCUACAUCAAUGCCGUCAGUCUACCAGACAGUGAGGGCAAGCACGAUCAGUCCUCGGCCGUUCGUCUUCACCAUUGGUCCGACACAAAUAGAAGAUAAAAAAUUGGUGGAACCAACAGUAUUAGGGCUCAAUAAAACGACGACGGAAAAAGUGGACGCAGGAGAAUCCAAGGAAAUACCGCAGAAUCAGACAUGUGAACCGAUCGGACGACAAAUGUUCUCAAUCGAAGAAUUAAGGGCGAUAUUGACGCGUUUAGAGGAAGAUGCCCAACGUCAGGUACCAUCCGAUGCUUUGUGGCCAACAACCACUGAAGAAGCUGUCUCGGAUCCGAUGGAUAAAAUGGUGAUCAGCAUCGUUCGCGAUGAAAAAAACAGCUUAUGGCGUGCUGCCAAGAGGAAAAAUGAAGAGGACGUGUAG